AGGGGCGGGAGCGAGGAGGUUGGGCCGUUGGUCGGGCCAUGGGCCCCGGGGGGCGCGGACGCUUGGGCUGACAGUCUCGGCCGCGGCGGCGGGGGCAGGGCGCGGAAGCUGGACAAAGGUCCGCGGGGUACCGGGGCGGCCGAACCUCCCCCGGUGUCAUGAGCUAAGGGAGCCCCCGUAACUGGACCUAGGACGCCCCUCCUCGAGCCCCGAAGCCCUAGAAGGCCACGCGGUCCCCGGGCCUUCGGAGGGCGCCAGGCCGGACGUUUCCAGUCAAAGCACCAUUUCCCAGAGGGAGCGAAGUCAGCCCCUUCCCCUACCUGCCUCGGCGCACUGCUGUCACAGCUUUUAUUCGUUCGACUUCCUGUAGCAUUGCACCAUACUUGGCCAGACCUGCUAAAUGUGUUAGAGGAACAUUGUAAAACAAACGAACAGCAAGCGGUCUUCCUCAGGUCCUGUCGAAGCUCCUCAGACAGCAGGCCUGGGAGCAGCGGGACGCGGCCUGAGACACCUGGACCAGCUGACCCGCCCUGAACGCUGACUGCCAGCGCAUCCUGGAGGGCCAGGGCCAGCAGUCCGAGUGUUGUGUGGACGUGCUGGAUGUCAACACCACCUGCGCGGGCACAAGCCUGUGUGGCCCAGGUAAGCACUUAGGCGUGCGUUGACCGAGGCCAGCCUUGGUUACCAGAACGGCCGCUGGCGCAUGCUCUGGAGCUCACCACACCCACCUGUUGUGAGCAAGGAGCAUGCAGGCCCCCCAGGAGGGACGCUGCAGGGGGUCCGGGAGCUGGGGGAGGGGAGAGGGAGGGGCAGUUCAUGGGCAGAUAAGCCUCUGAGACGUGGGCAGAACUCGCCUGCUGUCCAGACGGCUAUUGGUUCCUAGCGAAGCGUGACUUACCUGUCUGCAGUCACCCCCCUCUGCCACAGCGAGAUUCAUUUGCUUUCGAAGUCGACCUGGCCCAACCCACUCAAUCACCGUGCGAGUGUGGCAGGCGGGGUGGCCCCAGGCCUUUCACAGGGAACCUGAGACUAAAGGCCUUGAGGCGGGAGGCCCAGGAUGCGCCUUCAGACCUCGCCCGCAGUGCGUAUAGGUCUGGGUGACCCUCUGUGCUCAAGGUCCCCACACACUCUGCGGUUCCCGACCCUGCCAGGGGGUGACUGUCCCCACCGCCCUGGUACGCUGCAAACCUGCUGGCGGGGGGCCAGGCGGUUUUCCCAGGGGCCUCGGCCAGUCCGCCUCAGCCCCUCAGGCCUGCCCUGUCGCGGGCCCUGCUGUCUAGCCAGCUGCGCCCGGCCCCUGCACACCACACAGCUCUGUUGGUGCCAGGAGCCGCCGUGUGCCCCCCGUGGCCCGCCCCUGCCCAGGAACACCAAGGGAGGUGACAGCCCGUAGUUAGAGGAGAAGCCCCGUCGUCCCAAGAAGCAAGGACCAGUUUCUGACACUGCGUGAGGCCCCGUGCUGGGCCCCGUGCUGGGCCCCUGUGGCUGGGCCUUUCCUACAGCAUCAUGGGAUCUCACGCUAGUCUCCGCUGUGCCCAUGCUGCUCCUCAGGCCGUCACUCGGUGCCACUGCGGAAAGGCCCUCCUCACACCGACCCAUUCAUGUAGAUCGAAUGCUGGCAAAAUUCAUCAUGAAGGGCCUGCGGGCCUCGGCUCGUGCCCAGACCUGCCCAGGGCCCACACUGGCCGUCAGCCCGCGGCACGGUGUGCGUUCACUCAGCCUCCAUGCCGUGUCGGGGUCAGGGAACAGGAAGGGGCGGAGACACGCUGCCCGCCCUUGGAGCAGCUGGCAGCGUGGAACGUCUGCAAACUGCUGGCCGCCUGCUCCCAGCUCCGGGGUGGGCAGCUCUCUGGGCCUCCGGCCGGGGGAGGGGGUGGGCAGGGGUGGCGCUGCUGGUGGCAGUGACAGUGUGGGACCCCCGGGGAGAGUGCAGGGCCAACAGAAACCAAAGGUCACACCUGGGCUAGAGGAAGCGCUGCUGGCCGUGGGGUGGGCGGAGAAGUCCAGGCCCCGGUGGCAGGUGGCAGAGCGCCUGGCCUCUGGCCCUGCCCGGAGCGUGCGGCCCAGGGGCAUGUGGCCCCGGGGCCUGUGUCUGCUCCAGGUCCCGCCCCGGCCCCUGAUGUGUGUUCCGAGAUGAGCACGUGGGGCUCGGUGAGCUUCCUGCGAGCCUGCUCUUCUCCUGAAACCGGGUGUCACUGCGUCCCAGCUUCCGGUUGGGCUGUUUGGCCGGCUCAGAAUGGGGCCUGCCCUGGGAGAUGCGAGCUGGGCGGGUGGGCUUGCCCUGUGCCGCGUUGGGCCUCCCGCCGCCUCCCCCGACAGGGUGCUACGGGCGCUGGGACGAGGAUGGGAGCGUCCGCUGUGUGCGCUGCAGGAAUGGGACGCACAGGGGCUCUGAGUGCAGAAGCCGGGCGUCGCGGCCCCUUCACCCCACGCCCCCACCCCUCCACGCCCGCCGGCCUGCUUCUCACGGAGGGUCCACGUCUCCGAGUUCUGGAGGACCUGGUGGGGGACGCUUUUCUUAUUCCCAGGGCAGCGGGUGGCCCACUCCCCCAGGACCCAUGUCCCUGAGUCUCCUGUCCAUUCAGGACAGCUGUGGGGUGACAGCCACUCCACCUCCACGGUCACCUCCCUUCCCAUUUCUGGCCCGCAAUUCCACUUUGGGCGGUGUCUCCAGCUCCCCGGGGGUCCUCAUGGGGUCCCCACUCAUGGUCCAGGACACCCCCCGCUCCCCAUGGGUCUGGGCCGUCCCCGGAACUGGCAGCUCUGACAGCAUUGCCCCCACAGUCGCUGGCCGGGGUGCGCAGUCCCCGGCGAACAGGAGCGCAGGGACGCCCGGGCGGCCGAGUUCCGGGGGCCCCGGAGUGGCAGCCUCGCUCUUCCUGGGGACCUUCCUUGUCAGCUCCGGCCUCAUCCUCACCGUGGCCACGUUCUUCUACCUGAAGCGCACCAGCACGCUGGCCUGGCUGUGCCACGGAACAGACAAAGCCCCGGCCUUGCAGCCUGGUGAAACUGCCGCCAUGAUCGCCCCGCCACCGGCCUCAGGUACGUCAGCUUCACUGCUCCUUGCCUGCCGGGUCUGCUGUCUGGGCGAGAAUUUCAAAAUGCCACCCGUCUGCAGGACCAGCUGCCCUGCAAGGACAGCCGGGCGCUCAGUGACCGGUGGCCCCCAGCUGUUCCGGGUGCCAGCUGAACCCCCUGGCUGUUCAGGGUGCCGGCUGAGCCCCCUUAGCUGUAACUUUUGCACGUUUUCUCGCUCUUUUCUGAGAUGUUGGGUCUGCUGGAGAGGAGAGUCUCCAGCGAGGGGCCUAGUCCAUUCCUCCUGUGGCCCCUCCUGUGUGGCUGGUGCUUCAGGUUCGCGGGGUGAGGCGUGUCCUGCCUCAGACGGCUCCAGGUGGUGUGGGCACAUGACACGUGCGGAAGCCACGCUACGUCAGGCGCGACAGGCCCUUGGAUAGGGACACGGGCCCCAUGGCCGUCCCCUCGGUGGACGCCCGGGUCAGCAACGUCUGACAGCUCCUCACGGCGCCGUGGAGGCUGGCACGAGGGCACGCGCUGCCCACAAGGCCUCUGGACUUGCCUGGACUCGCCCCUGGCUCCACUUCCCACCGCCUGGCAACAGAUGCCCAGUGGGGACCCGCCCACCCACCGCUGCUCGGCAUAGCUGACCAGGACCAGGUGUCCCCGACACAGGCCAGGGGCGAGGCUGUGAGGACAGUGUGCUCCCAGCGGCCAGCAGCCUGACAGAGCCUGGGCCCCGGAGCCUGCCGUGGGCAGAAGCCCCUACCCCGUGGGCAGCACAAGCCGGGUGACCCCAGCACCCCUCUACGAGUGAGGCCUAGGCCUUUGGCUGUUCCAGCUAGUGUCUGGGUGGGGGUCGGGGCAGGGCCUGGGAACCGCUCCCGGGGCCAAGGUGCUGGCAGCGUUACCCCACUACGGCCCCACUGUUUCCAGGAGGUGCAGAGGCAAGGUGCCUGGUCUCCUCCUGUCUUUCUAAGCAGACGUGCAUCUCGUAGACAAGUUCCAGGCACUGCUGUGCUCUGCCCGCCAUGCCUGGCCUCGGUAUCAUGGGGCCUCGUCCUCCCAGGUGUGCACCCUCGCCGGCCGCUGCUGGAGGGCCAGGUUGGGCCCCCACAGGGACGUGCCUGCCCAGGGCCAUGCUCACCUGCGAUGGCUGCCUGGGUUGUCUGGUCCUGGCUGACCCGCAGUGGCCGGUGGUCCUGCCUCGGCCUUGGGUUUCCAUGCAGAAAGGGGCGAGCAUGGCCGCCUCUCACGCACUGGGCUCGGCACUGGCCAUCCUUCCCCGACGCUCGGCCGUGACCCAUGUUUCCCCUUCAGUGUCUGGCUCGUGUCCGAGGGGUCUGAGGCAGGGCCCGUGGCCAGCCUCCCGUGGUCUCCUGCUGGUGACGCCCGUCUGACACUGCGUUCGCUCUCCGUUAUGGAGACUUGGACCAGCAGCCCACACGACAGCUGUGAGCAGUGUCAAAUAAACUAUUCAGGGCCUUCUC